AUGGAUUUGGGUGGUACCAACCUGCGCGUAAUGCUUAUGGACAUUAUACCUGGUGAGGACCUGAGAACAGAACAGUUCAAUACACGCAUACCCAACUGGGCAAUGCAUGGCACUGGGGAACAGCUUUUUGAUUUUAUUGCGAAAUGCUUGGCGGAAUUCCUGAUUGAGAAGGGUGUGGAAAAAGAUGGUUUGCCAGUUGGAUUUACAUUUUCGUAUCCAUGCGACCAGAAAAGUCUGCGUUCCGCCACCCUGCUCAGAUGGACGAAGGGCUUCGAAUCGUCGGGAGUUGUCGGCGAGGAUGUGGUGCUGCUCCUUGAGAAAGCCAUCAACAAACGCGGUGACAUCAACGUGCAGGUGGUUGCUUUGAUCAACGACACGGUUGGCACGAUGGUGGCUGCCGCGCAUCAGGCUGGCGGUGAAUGCCAUAUCGGUGCCAUUAUCGCAACGGGUACCAAUGCAUCGUAUAUGGAAGAUGUGUCCCAAAUUAAGUACGGCCUGUCAAAGGCAGUCGUGGAUUAUCCUUAUCCGCAGAUGAUUAUCGAUACCGAGUGGGGCGGUUUUGGCGACCGCUCAGAAGCAGAUUAUAUCUUUACUCAAUACGACAAAAUUAUUGAUAGCCGCUCAGAACAUCCCGGUGUCAAUACUUUUGAUAAGCUUGUUGGCGGAAAAUGCAUGGGUGAAGUAGUGCGCCUCGUUCUGGAGAAGCUUACUCGAGCUGGUGUUCUUUUCGAUGGAACUGGUUCGGAGACUCUGUUCGAGCAGGAUUCUUUCCCAACUAAAUACAUUUCUGAAAUUCUUAGCGAUGAAAGUGGUUCGUAUAUAAAUACGAGGCAAAUCAUGGGCGAAUUGGGAAUUGACCACUGCACCUUCAGCGACAUGUUGCUUCUGCGAGAGGUUUGCGCCGUCGUAUCUCGUCGAGCUGCUAAUCUUGGUGCUGCAGCUAUUGCAUGCGUACUGAAUCGCGUGCGAAAACCAAACAUGAUUGUUGGAAUAGAUGGAAGCACUUACAAGUAUCACCCAUUCUUUGAUUUUUGGGUCAACGACAAACUGAAGGAACUUGUUGAUCCCGGCCUUAAAUUCAAAGUACUACAAACAGGAGAUGGUAGCGGUAAAGGUGCUGCACUGAUCACAGCAAUUAUAUCACGCCUGGACAAGAAGAAAAAACAGCAGAAGGAAGAGGGCGAUACCAGUAUUCAGCUGAAUGAAAACGUGGAAAAGCCUGGACCUACUCCAGAAAUGGAAAGUGAUAACCGAACAACAGAUGAACUUUUCAACGGGCAAGAAAUUCCCGAUGAUGAAAUAAGAUUGUCGUCGCUUUAG